CACUAGAUCGCGCUACUGUUAUAUCUUACUUAAAGAUGAAAAUGACUAAUAAUCAGCCGGUCAAUGUUAUGAAAUUUGGUUGAAUGUCUGAAUUGAAUUCAACUCUUGAAAUAAAUUGUUAUCAUGCAGCAAAGGUUUGAUAUACCUUCUUUAAGCCAAGCAAAUUUCAACAAAAUAGAUACUAGGAAAGCUGAUUUAAAUAAAUUGUCAAUCAUUGAACUCAAAGAGAUCCUAGACAGACAAGACAAGCUUUUAAACAACAAGAAAUUCAUCAAUUCUUUACCAGAUAAGGGACAAAAAAUAAGUGACUACCGACAGAAAGUUUUGGAAAAACUCAAAUCUAAAGAGUUGGUCGAACAAACUACUUCUAUUCUUUCCAAAUUAUCAAUUGGUCAAAACGUUGAUCUUUCUCAUCCUAUGGCUUCCGGACCAGUUGCAAAAUUAAAGCCAGAAGUUGAUCCUUACGCUGGAUUAUUGUCUAAAGCGUUGGACGACACAUUAUCUCAAGUAAAACCAUCCAAAUUUGUGCUUAAUAAAAGCAAAGACGAACUGAAGAAAGAUCCGUCAUCGACUGAAAUGCGGACACCUGAAUCCCCAAAAUUGAAAAUCAUGGAAAAAUAUAAAGAUACUGGAUUGAAUUACGGUGCUGAAGAGAAGCGUGUUCAUGAGUUAUCAGUUGAUGAAUCUCUAGAGUUGAGUAAAAAUCAGAUUGAAAAGGAUGCAAAAGUGGCCCUGCUACGCAAGGUAGAAAGGACUAUAAAGUAUUAUGAAAAUGAAGAAGAUGGAACUGAUUUAGAUGAAGAAAUUGAAGAUGAAGGAGAAAAUGACGACGAACAAGGAACUCAAAUAGUAAUUCGUUAUAUGUAAAUUGAAAUUACAAAGUUUUUAUUAUAACAUACAUAUUUAUUUUAUUAAUUUUUAAAAUA